UGCCUGAGGGCGUUUGGAAGAAACAACCUGUCUCAGAAUCCUAUCCGGCUAGCACGACAAUUUGUGUUACAAACUCUAACAUCAAUUCUCAAGUUUGAACUUAAAGAUAAAUAGCCUAAUAAGUUUCUGUAAAACGAUAUCUUCUUUGACAGGACCGCGAAGCGGAGAAUGAUCUUGAAAGGUGUUUGAGGAAUAAUGUGACCAGGAAAUGCGAACAGAUUUUUGACUGCAAGCAAUAAAUCGCCUUCAUUCCUCUCGACGGGGCUGUGCUAUCUCGUGUCACCGGUCAAAGUGUUUUCUCAAGCUCACAGAAUGGACGAAACGCUUCGUCUCAAGCCCACUCAACCUUUACUAGGAUAACAUGGACCCUAUGGAUCACUGAAAUGCGAUUUACUGCUUCAAUUUAACUUGAUCUACACAUAUGGGACUGAUGAACAAUUUCACGAUGGAAGACUUAAGAGAAAGGGUUUUAUUGUGCUGUCAAAACACUUUCUCGUGUUUCAGAGACCCUGCGACUGAUACUUCACCUGCCACCGAGAAACGGCAUAUUGAAGUGAUAAAAAAUGAUUUUGUGAAAGCGCCCAACAGGGAGUUACCACCGAAACCUGUAGAGAAACCCGGCUACGUUUACGUUGCGCUGUACGACUAUACGGCGCGUACGGAUGAUGAUUUGAGUUUUAACGCAGGGGAUAAACUGGAGCCACUCGAUAAAUCCGAUGACUGGUGGUUUGCGAGAGGAAUCAGCGGGAUUUCAGCAAACAAAGAGGGCUACAUUCCUGCUAACUAUGUUGCACCCUUAGAAAGCCUCGAUGCUGAACCAUGGUAUUUUCCAGAAACAAAGCGCUUGGAUGCUGAGAAGAUGUUAACGUCUCAAGAAAACAAGAGUGGAGCUUUUCUAAUCAGAAACUGUGAAAGCCAGCCAGGGGAACUCUCACUCUCAGUGCUGGACAAUGGAAAAGUGAAGCAUUAUAAGAUCAGAAAGUUGGAUAAUGGUGGCUAUUAUGUGUCAAGGACUCGGAAUUUCACUACGCUGAGAGAACUAGUGGAGCACUACUCCAUUCAUGAAGAUGGCCUCUGUGUUCGUUUGGCAGAACCCUGCAAAAAAACAAUUGCUCCAGAGACUCAUGGUCUAUCUUAUAACACUGUGGAUCAUUGGGAGAUCCCGCGUUCCUCUGUAAAACUCCUGAAGAAGUUGGGAGCGGGGCAGUUUGGGGAAGUCUAUGAAGGCAUAUGGAAUGGCAGAACAUCUGUUGCUGUCAAAACACUCAAACCAGGAACUAUGGAUCCAAAAGACUUCCUGCGAGAAGCUCACAUAAUGAAGAAACUCCGUCACCCUAAACUAAUCCAGCUAUAUGCUGUCUGCACUACGGAAGAGCCCAUCUACAUCAUCACAGAGCUCAUGAGCCACGGAAGCCUUCAAGAAUAUCUGCAAAAAGACAGAGGUGCUUCUCUGCAAAUGUCUGAUCAGAUAGAAAUGGGAGCACAAGUGGCAGCUGGCAUGGCAUACUUAGAGCUGCAGAACUAUAUUCACAGAGAUCUUGCAGCUCGGAACGUUCUGGUGGGAGAUAACAAUGUGUGCAAGGUUGCCGACUUUGGCUUGGCACGAGUUUUUCUGAAGGACAAUGAGGACAGUGGUGAGAAUGUUUAUGAGGCCAAAGAAGGAACCAAGUUUCCAGUGAAAUGGACUGCACCUGAGGCCAUCAACGAGAAUAAAUUUACCAUCAAAUCUGACGUCUGGUCUUUUGGGAUCCUGCUGUAUGAAAUUGUGACUUUUGGACAGAUGCCUUAUCCAACCAUGACAAACUUUCAGGUGGUCCAACAGUUGCCCAAAGGCUACAGGAUGCCAUGUCCUCUAAACUGCCCAAAAUUUUUGUAUGACAUCAUGUGUGAAUGCUGGAAGAAAGUCCCUGCAGACAGACCUACCUUUGAAACUCUGCAGUGGAAACUCGAGGACUUCUUUGAUAUGGAUGUCAGCUCUUACGAUGAUGCAAACCGCUACUAAAAAACACUACUACUUACAAACUUAAGGGGUUAGUUCACCCAAAAAUGAAAAUUCUUUCAUUUAUUACUCACCCUCAUGUCGUUUCACAUCCGUAAAACCUUCAUUCAUCUUUGGAACACAAUUUAAGAUCUUUUUGAUGAAGUCUGAGAGCUUUCUGUCCCUCCAUAGAGAUUCAACGCAACUACCACUUUCAAGGUCCAGAAAGGCAGGAAUGGCAUCAUUAAAGUACUUCAUGUGACUCCAGUAGUUUAACGUCAAUUUUAUGAAGCGACUCGAGUGCUUGGUUUGUGCAAAAAAACAUAAUUUACCACUUUACUUACAAAAAUAUUGAUCUGCAACGCACGUUCACGAGAGAUUCACAAUGUAUGCGUGUUAUGUUCAGACUCGCGCGUCAACGCAAAUGCGCGAGUGUUCAUGAGAGCAUCACGACGCAUGUGUUUUGUGUUCACGCGAGAGCUGACAUUGUUGCAUGAACAUGCUUUGGAUAAUAUUAUUUUGCAAAAAAAGUUGUAAAUUAUGUUUUUCAAUUUUGGGUGAAUUAACCCUUUAAUAUAACUGUAGAUGAGUCAAUUGCAAGUGGGUUUUGGCAAGCCAGACUGAGAUGCCAUUGUAGUAUAAAAGAAACAAAAUGCCUUUAUGUAUUCUCAAUGUACACAUAUAAUAUGCUCAACGUACUUAUCAUCAGGGCCGGCCCUGACCAAUUUGCUGCCCUAGGCAAUGUUUUACCUGGUGCCCCUGGUAUUGCAGCCAAUUCCACCACUGAAUAAAAAAAGCUGAUAAUGGUGAAACUAUACAAAAAUAGCACCUAAGUCACAUUAUAGCUUAAACACAAAUAGCAAGAGUAAUUACAUCUAGCGUUCAUGCACAAAACAUGUAUUCAUUGAGCACUUUUCUGGCAUACUGUUUAAUUUUCAAAAGUGUUUGUUUUCCAGUAGAUGGCAGAAAUCUUCCACUAAACUAGCACAUUUUUCAUGUUAUCAUUAUGAAUGAAAUCAUUUUGAAAAAGAAUUUUACAUAAAACGUUGCUAUUUUAAGGUAAAAAUAACUGACGUUAACUCCAGCUAGAUAGCUAGCUUUUUCAAAAUAACCAGUUGUUAUCAUCUAACUACUAUGCAAUUAGAUAAAAUGUUCAUUCAUUGUAUCACAUUACCUCUGUCUGCACUGCGCAGACCGCAUGACAUCAAUAUCAAAGUAUCGAGAGAACGAUUAGAGAGCAGAUGGCUCCAUAUGCUUUGAAAAUUCUCUCGCUGUACUUUGAUGUCAUACACCGAUCGCAACCCAUUCAUUGGUUGAUUUCCCUGGAAACUGCUCUGUUGGUUUAAACAGAAAGAUCAAUAGCAUUAGUAUGUGGCGGCACUGUCUGUUCUGUCGACCAGUGACAAACUGGACAAUGAGUGGGGUGGAUGUUGUUUUAAAACAAAUACUGUAUGCAUAAUUUGUGCAGUUUUGUUUUUUGAUGCCAUUGAAAACGAUUUUGCACAAUUAACAACAUAAUUCAGCUUUAAAUCAAAUGUAUACUCUGAGCCUUGUGAUAGUGAAUUGUUUUUUUGUUCUUUGUAGGCAAAUCUGUAUUUUCUUGUGUGUGCAUACUGUGUGUCAGCAAUAUCAUGGUAGUUUAGUGUCACUUUACUUGCACUCAUGCUGGCACCAUGAAGCUGAAACUAUUGAGGAAUAAUUAUACAGAGUCUGGGCGACACACAUGUAUGGAUCAGAUAGCAGCAUAGCCAGAUUUACCAGUUUCAGGAUAAGUUUAAAUAGCGAAUGAGUCACUGCCUGUCAGCCUAACAGCAUUACUGGCUCAAAGGGAGGAAUGCUCAGAAUUCGCUACAUAUAUUUGCUCACAGCAUUAAGUUCUAUGUGACAGUAAAGGCAUACUGAGUCUAGACUCUCAUUUGAACCUUAGUGAAGACUGUAAUUAUUAGAUGUAUUGUACAAUUAUAGUGAUUUUUAAAUGCAUUUUAGAUCUAAAUAGUUUCUUUGAGGUUAAUUUACAGACUGUGAUUCUAUUUCUUAUCCUUUUAUAAGAAGAUAAACAAAUACAUUUUAGAUCUAAAUAGAGAUUCUUUGAGGUUAAUUUACAGACUGUGAUUCUAUUUCUCAUUGUAAGAAGAUAAAAAUAUACACUACCAUUCAAAAGUGUGGGGACAGUAACUAUAACAUUAUCAGUUUCCACAAUAUGAAUCAAACAACAUAUUGAUCAAACUUAUAAGAUUAUAGUAUAAAAUGUUUGGUGAUCAGCAAAUCAGCAUGAUUUCAGAAUGAUCAUGUGAUACUGAAGACUGGAGAAAUGAUGUUGAAAAUUCAUCAGCAUCAUUUGCCAUCAUGAAAUUAAUAUAACAUUAUAAUGUAUUUUAAUAAUAAAGUAUUUUAAUAAUAAUGUUACAAUUAACUUGUACUAAUGUUUACAGCCUUGAUGAGCAUAAGAAACUUAAUUUAAAAACAUUAACAUCUAACCAACCCCAAACUUUUGAAUUGUGUGUACAAUUAUACAAGUACAGACCAAAAAAGUAGGCCUACAACUGUAAUGUAAAAUUCAUAAUAGUUAUUACUCUACAUUUGUAAUUGAAGAUUGAAGCAUAUAUUUAAUAUAUUUUUUUUGUAAUUCAUAACAAAAGAAUAAUGUAUUUGUAUAUGUAUAUUCACUUAGUGAAAUAAAUUUUAAUACUUAAUAAUGA